AUGAGAUACUGAAACGAGGCUUAUCAUCACGAAGAGUGAAAGGCAGAAGGGGAGGGAGAGCAACAAUGGCCGCUCUAGCCACCACCGCUGUUACUGCACAGCCUGCUGCAGUCAAGGGUCUCGGCAACACCUCCCUUUAUGGAGUCAGAGUUCCGGCCGCACGCGUGAACCUUCCCAAGACCAGGCAGCAGAGAUCUGGUAGCUUGAGGACGGUGGCGAAGUACGGGGAGAAAAGUGUUUACUUUGAUCUCGACGACUUGGGCAACACCACUGGUGCAUGGGACUUGUACGGCUCAGAUGCACCAUCUCCUUACAACUCCUUGCAGAGCAAAUUCUUUGAGACAUUUGCUGCUCCAUUUACGAAGAGAGGUCUGUUGCUCAAGUUCUUGAUAUUGGGUGGAGGAUUUUCUUUGGCUUACCUCAGCUCCACAGCCACUGGUGACAUUCUCCCGAUCAAGAAGGGCCCUCAAUUGCCUCCUAAGCUCGGUCCCCGUGGAAAGAUCUAAGUGAGCCCACCAUGGUGCAACUGUGCUUGCUUCCUUUUCAUGGUUAUUCUGUAUUUCUGUUGAAUUACAUGUAACCAUACCCUAGCCUUGGGCUUCAUGUACCUUUGUAACUUCUUUGAUCUUCGGACAUGAAAAUUAAUAUUGUUCGAUCAAA